AGUAUUACUUCAUUGUGCGCGCAUGUCGGAUGCAUUAUAUUAUUAAUUUUUCGUGUGCAUUCACAAAUAAUGUUAAAUUAAAUGCUUAUUUUGACCAUUAGUAUUUUGUGGAUACUUCGUUUUUAAAUAUUAUUUUUUUAUGCAUACUGUACAUACAAUCACACAACCGUGUUAAUUAACUAAAUAUAUUUUUCCAUUUAUUGACAUUUUUUACAAACAACAUACACAAAAUGGGAGCAUAUUAUCGGAAAAGCAGCUUUAUAUUGAAUUUCAAAGUAUACCUAACCAUUUAUAUAUGUAUCCUUAUGACUAUGACAAAAGCUGAGUAUGUUUCAAAUAUUACAGGAGUAUUAGACAAUAAAAGUGCAAUCACAACAUUAGAGGAAUCAAGCGAUGCUUUGUAUAGAACAUUUAAUUCAAGUGUCAAAUCAGUGCCAGACGAGUUGGUUAGUACAAUGAUAGUAACACCAAUUUCUACUGAUAAUGUUACAAGUACGCGUAAUCCAGAGAGCACAUUAUCCACAUUAGUACAAAAACAAACGCCGGCUGAUUGCUCACAGCGUGAGAAAUCCAGAAGUCAGCCAAUUCCCUCAUCCACCUCAAGAGUGCGAAAGUGUUGUCCACUUGGUGAGAAUCUGGAUUUUUAUCGUGAGAACCAAAGUGAUUCAAUGUGUGAUGGCGCCGUAUUAAGUUUUGAACCGACUAUUAUAAAUGCGGUUCUAUUUGAUAACUGUAUUGAGGAUUUGGAAAUAUUUACAGAAUUGCCCUAUGAGGUUGGCAAUCCAUGUAAUAGUGUUACUUUUUUCAGCUCGUUUCAAUACGAUGAUACGGAAGACCUGCUUUUUAUAUUGCAAGAUGGAUCGCUGUUGAUCAUCGACAAAAACGGAAAUGAGUCCUAUACAGUGGAGGAAAAUUAUUGUUUGGACCAAGACAAAUCUGGCCACAUGUUGGCCUUUAUAUGCAUCACACAGGUUGAUGAGGUCUCCAAAGCAAAAAUAAUUAUUGUAGCUGUGCUGAUGCUUGUAAGCAUGCCCUGUCUACUUUUGGUUAGUUAUUUACACCUUACCCUGCGAUUAUUGCGCAACUUGCACGGCUGGUCUUUGGCCCUAAUGUCACUGUGUUUGGCCUGCGGCUAUUUUGUGUACUCUGUGGUGCACAUAUACGGAAUACCAUCUGGUGGCUUCAUUGGAUACGUUAUACAGUUCUUUAUAUUGAGUUUCUUCUUUUGGUACUUAUGCAUAUGCUGCAAUGUUCUUUUAAAUAUUUGGUACAAGCUUCCCUACUAUAUUCAAUUCAAUAAGACUUGGACAAUAUUGAAUUUUGGCGCAUACUGUGUAUUCUCGAUCACUGGACCGGCGAUACUAGUCUCGUUAACCGUGCAAAAAGGUUUGCCUGGCAUGCCGUCAUAUUUUUUGCAGGGCCUAACCGAAUCCAUUCGUGAAUCCCAGCGAUACUUUAUUCCACCCGUUUCGACCAUAUUAGGUCUUAGUUUUCUUGUUAUGGUUAUAUCAUUUUUUGGUUUUCAACGCAUUAAAUCUGUUGGUUACUUGAUUGCAAAUGAUGACGAAAAGAAUGCUACUACAUCAAUACGACAGUUUGAUCAGCAGAAAUACGAGGAUGUCAAAAAAGACGCAAAAUGUGUUGCAUUACUUGGUAUUAUUAUAAUAUUAGCUUGGCUAUUUGAAAUAGUUACAUUCUACUCGCCCGGAAAUGAAGUUUAUUUGUUACUCUGUGAUAUGAUAAAUGGUCUUCAGGGCCUGUGGAUUUUGCUCAUAUUUCUUGUAGUGCGUAGACGUCGCACUAUAAUACUGCGGUGGUGGUACGAUCGAGGCACGCAUACCAUUGCUGAGGGCACCGAAUUGCAACCAGUCAACAAAACAGAAAAUCCCACAUGAGAAUUUAGUCAUCACAGUUGUAUAUAUAAUAUAAAUAAAUGUUUUAUUGCAUUUUA